AUGCCCAGCAACGGAGCUCACGAUAUCGUCUUUCGGACAUCCAUCGCGGCCUGCAAUUCAAGCAGCCGCCUACGGGUCUACAUGCAAGACGUCUUAGGAAAGAUCCGCGAGUCGAAGUAUGAGGAUAAAUGGAGCAAUGGAACAGAGAAAAACGUCAUCGCCUCGGCCAAGUCAUACUCUCCUGUAGCUUGCGCCUCCAGUGGGCUUGACAAUGUGAACUUCCCCAAAGAACGGCUACCAAAAGAAAAACGAUUAACAGGAAAGGGAUAG